AUUACGUUUUGCGUAGGGGGCGGAGACAUUGCGUCACAAUGACAAACGUUGAUAUACUUCACUGUUUUUAAAGUUUCUUUCCAAAAAUCCUACUUUGACAACUGUACAUUUUCAAAGCAGGCGAUGGUUGACGAGUUAGCUCGCAGUUAAAUUAGCCUCUCCGGUCACCCCUAAAUAUGUGACGUCACUUUGUUUAGCUUUGAAGGUAUGAUGGCGCCACAGAGGUUAGCUUGCCGCUAACUGACUCGCCUUUCACUGCAAUUGUUAAAAAUGGACGCGCACGGUCCUGACCUGAGCUCGGUGUUGUCGGACUGCGAGCCAGAGCUCCAGGAGCUGAUGAGGCAGAUCGACAUCAUGAUUGACCACCAGAAGAGCGACUGGGAGGCCCAGAUGCAGGAGAUGCAACUACAGCUGAAGAGUGGGCAGGAGGAGAUGUCUGCUUCCAGGGUCCUCCUUGAACGCAAAGACCUGGAGAUCGGGGUGCUGCGUCAGCAACUGGAAGAUGUUCAGACUGGCCGACAAGCGUUGGCAACCAAGUAUGAGAAGCAACUUCAAAACGUCAGCGAGGAGCUGGACAUGUUAAAGAGGAGCUACUUGAAGCUCCAGCGCAGACAUCUCAAGAAGCUGGGCGGCGAAGAGUCCAAAGAGGUUGACAAGUCAGAAGUGAGGAUGCUGAAUGAGAAGCUUGAGGAGUACAGUCGCAGCUGCGUGCAGUGGGAGCAGCAGCGCCUCCUCUACCAGAAGCAGUUGUCCUCCUUGGAGGCCCAGAAGAAGAGCCUGGUUGAUGAGCUCUCACACGUCAAAGCCGAGGCGGCGUCGCUGGCCUCCCUGGAGAAGAGCUACAUGUCGUCGCUGCGACACCUGGAGCAGGACAACCUGCAGCUGAGGCGUGAGCUCGCUGAGACACGCCGCCAACUGGAGCUCUCCAAGGGCAGGACCACCGCACCCACCCCUGCCGACCAGUCGCAGCCAGCUAGGGAAAAUCACGGCGCUAACGGCAAGGGGAAGACUUCCUACGAGGGCGAGAUCCAGAGGCUCUUCACGCAGCUGAAGACAUCGGGCCAGUCCCGUAUUCAAGCUACGCCGAGCGGCUCUCACGGGGCGGCGGCUUCCGCCACGGCUGGCAACACAAGAAUCUCCGGGGGAGACUCGGCACAGAGUCCAACCGAGCUGGCUCCGGAGGGGUGGAGCUCCAGCUCAGAGGACACGCUGAGCUCCAGGGAGGGAUUAACGCCCCCUCCGAUGCCUUUGCCGCCAUCUUCCACGGACGCCAUGGUCUCUCGGUUCUUGGAGGAGGAAAGUCUUCUCUCCAAGGAGCUGAUGCAGAAACUGGACUCUCACAUCCUCAGUAUGACGGAGAACAACGCCAGGACCGUCUCCGAGCGCCUCGCUGUCGCAUCUCCUCAGGACCGAGAACGAAGACAACCACCACUUCCUCAUGGCCGACAGCUGCGACCUCUGAUCCAUCUGCUCUUCUACCAGCAUCUGGAGAAGAUAUGAAGGCAGCCACCGCUACGCUGUAUAGUAUUAGAUAAUCACCUUCAUCACCAAUACUAAAUAAAACCUAAAUGGUAUAUUUGGUCGGAGAACCUUGGGCAGCCAUGUUAUGUUCUCCCUAUACUUUGGAGAUCAUGAAAAUCUCCAUUGAAUCAAGGCCAAAGUCAUAACAGUCUCUGUGUCUCUGUCCUUAUACUUCUGCACCAAAACCUACAUACAUGUGUGUAAAGGUACACACAGGUACACACACACACGGUGGUAAUUUUAGAAAGGAAUGUGACAUUCCAGCCCAGUCUUCCAUAGUUCCUCCCAACAGGAAGUGCUACACAAUGGGAGCAAAUUGCCAGAAAAGUCAGACAUUGGGGACGGAGGCUGGGGGGCAGGGGGGUCAGACGGAUGAAAGUGUGUCAGCUUUAACACAACAAACUGCGAGCAAACACACACACACACACACACACACACACACACGAACAUGGAGUGUAACGUAGUCCAGAUCAGUCAGCGCUAACGUUCCACAAGCAACGGGAGCCUA